AUGGGAGGGAAAGAAAGAGUCUGUGUGACCGGUGCACGGGGUUUCCUGGCAUCAUGGAUCAUCAAAUUUCUGCUUUUAAAGGGUUACCAUGUCCAUGGAACUGUUAGGGACCCAGGGGAUGAUAAGAACGCUCAUCUGAAGGAACUGGACAAAGCUUCAGAAAACUUGCAACUCUUCCAGACGGACUUGCUGAACAGUGAUGGUCUUUGCGCUGCAAUUGCUGGGUGCACUGGCGUUUUCCAUGUUGCUAGCCCUGCUCCUCCAGCAGACGCUGUAAUAAAUUCUGAGGAACUAAUGGAACCAGCAGUAACUGGCACACGAAAUGUACUCGAUGCAUGUUUGAAGACAGAAGUUAAGAAGGUCGUGGUUGUGUCAUCCAUUGGGGCUAUUGCGCUGAAUCCUAAAUGGCCAAAGGGUCAGGUCAUGAACGAGAACUGCUGGUCUGACUUGGCAUUUUGCAAGGAAAUUAAGGCAGAGUCACUAUUUGCAACAAUUGUACUGCUUUCCAAGACUGCAGCAGAAAGUGAAGCUUGGGAGUAUGCAAAGAGAAGUGGACUCAGCAUAGUAACAAUUUGCCCUUCCGUGAUUAUUGGGCCAUUGCUGCAACCAACCAUGAACAGCAGCAGUUUAUACCUCCUCAAGUUUUUACAAGGUUUUUCUACUGAGAGUGAUGAUGACCAUGCCAUUUAUAAACCAUAA